AUGGAUGCUCAAGGAUGGUAUUUGAGAACUUCAAAGUUGGCCGUGGCCCUGGCAAUUAUCCGCUCAAAACCAGCAGACAAAAGCAGCAGAGAAUACACAGAACAACUUGCAAGGGUGGUGUCUGGAGAAGAGUGUAAAUGCAGAUCCAAAGUCCAAGAUUUGGAAACUGAAAUUUUGCAGUUACGUCAGAAAGUACUUCUGAGUGGAAUGAGUCCAGCUGGGUUUAGAAGAGGCCAUGAUUUACUCCCAACCAGUUCUGAUCAGUCUCCCUUAAGCCCUGAAAACACACCGACUCUGCAGGAAGAUUCUGGAUGUGUCUUAUCAAAUGAGCAGAGAACGGAGCAGUCAGAGACAUCCCAGCAUUGCAUGGAGAAUUGUCUUCUCAUACCCUUCCAACCACUGCCCAUUAUGAAAAGUCACUCCGCCACUACAGAAAACCCACUGUCUUCUCACAUGCAAUUCUUACAACACCUGUUUGAAUUGAAGAACUUCACCGAAUCAGACUCUCUGAAAACAGAUCUAACUAAGUUUGAAAAUGACUAUUCCACAGUAUCUGAUGCUGUUUUUCAGUUGCUGGACGGCUUGAUUACUUUUUACAAUAAUCCCCAAAUUCCUUUUUCAAGCUUUCAAACAGAAGCUGUUUGUACUGUAGCAAAACUGUUCAGUGAUCACAACUUAUCUAAUCACAUUCUUAAUAAAUGCUCCAAGAAGUUGGAAGAAUUAGAGAAAACUCUACUACAGGUUAUUUUAAGGAACAACCAUAUCAAUCGGUUUCAGGGGCAGCAUUAUGUUUCUCAGAGUCUGGUAACCCUGGGAAGUUGCAGCAUAUUGAGAAAAUCUCUUGUAGCUCUGCUUCUAGCUGAAGUAAACAGCUUCACUGACUAUCUGGAAAUCAUCAGUCAGGCUCAAGGCAGUUAUGAUGUAACACGAUAUGAGAAUAAUUUCUUCCUGUUCUGGGUUCUGGAACAGCUUCUUCAGAAGGAGACGGAACAAGGUGGCAUUUCAAGUCAAUGGAAGGAUGACCAAGAAAUAAAGAGAUUUCUUCAAAAACAUGAUCAAACAAUUUUCCAACUUUCAGAUGCAUUCCCUUUGUUCACGUUUUACUUGUGGAGACUGAGUGUUCUCUUUAACUCAACAGAGAAAGAAACUGUUGAAAAUAACUCGUCUCCUUAG